AUGGCGAGUCCAGAUGCACGCCAUGUCUACGAGGCGGUAGAUGCGGCCGAGGCGCUCCUGAAGAUAGCCAUCGAAGACAUCGACGCCGAGAAGCACUUGCGGUAUAUGCCUGCUCGGUUCUAUCUAUACGAGAUUCACUCGGCAGUAUUCCUGUACAAAGCACACGCCUCAGGUGCCAUAUCAUCCGCUACACAUGCCCAAACGGCCGCCUUGAUGAGACGCUUCAUCGACGUUCUCGAGACCGCCGCUACAGAUGCAGACCAUAUCGCUGCCAAGUACGCGAAGCUGCUGAACAGAUUGUGGUUCCAGCGGACAGAAAACACAACAAAUAGCAGAAGACAACGGAACUUGGAUGAUAGUGCGGAGCCCAGUGCAGCCCAGGAAGCCAAUACCCUGCAACCCUUCCUGGGUGAAGAUGAUGAUGCUGAUUCAAAUCAUCUUCCAUCGUUUGAUGACAUCGGAUUACAGCCGUUGGACUGGAUUGAAUCAAUCGAGGGUCUUUUCUCCAUGCCAGCCGCAUUUCCCUGGGAUCAAACCAUUUACUGA